GGCAUCCACCAAGUGGCGCUUUGGAUCCGAGGAGGAUCAGAUUACAGUCCGCCCCGUUCUGCCGCUACUGUUGUCUAUCCGUAAUGCGUGCGCCGUUAGAUGAAGGGACGACGGGGCGCAGGGCAGUCCGUGUGGAACUAAGGGCCACUUCCAAGUACCGGACACACAGCACUGAAGCGGCCCUUUGAAGCUGAACGAGUGUGUGUGGCCCCUGAAGUCCGACAUGAUUGAAACAAUAGAUACCCAGCAUGCCUUGCAGGCGGUGGAGCGGCUCCAGGCCCGGCUGCGAGAGCGCGGGGAGGAGAAGCCCACGGAGGAGAAGCUGAGCCUGCUGCGCUCCGUGCUCCAGAGCCCCCUCUUCCACCAGAUCCUGGCCCUGCAGAAGACCGUCCAGCAGGCCAAGGACCAGGAAUUCCAGGAAAGCGUCCCGUCCUGUCUCGGCAGAGACUUGACCAACGAUGUUGCGGCGGCGAAGCCCAACGGCGUCCAUCUUCCCUACUCGGACACCUCCACCGUCCCGCACGCCAACAGCAACGCCCCCUCCCCGGACGGCUUCGAACAGAUCCUCCAAACUAUGGCGCAGGGCCGCCACGUGACGUACGUGGAGCUCCUGAAGCCCGCGUCGGGGGGCCUGGGCUUCAGCGUGGUGGGCCUGAGGAGCGAGAACCGCGGCGAGCUGGGCAUCUUCAUCCAGGAGAUCCAGCGGGGCAGCGUGGCACACUGCGACGGGAAGCUGCGGGAGGCGGACCAGAUCCUGGCCAUCAACGGCCAGCCGCUGGACCACAGCGUGACCCACCAGCAGGCCAUCGGGAUCCUGCAGAGGGCCUCGGAGCGCGUCCAGCUCACGGUGGCUCGCGGGCCCAUACCCCAGCUGGCCAGCCCGCUGGUGUCCCGGACCCCCUCCGCCGCCAGCACCCUGUCGGCCAACUCCAGCGCGCAGUGGCAGCACAUGGAGACCAUUGAGCUGGUCAACGACGGCACAGGCCUGGGCUUCGGUAUCGUGGGCGGGAAAACCACCGGCGUUAUCGUCAAGACGAUCCUGCCAGGAGGCGUCGCCGAUAAGGACGGCCGGCUCCACAGCGGGGACCACAUCCUGCGGAUCGGGGACACCGACCUGCAGGGCAUGGGCAGCGACCAGGUGGCCCAGGUGCUGCGGCAGUGUGGGAACCAGGUGCGGCUGGUGGUCACCAGGGGCCCCGCGGAGGAGGGGGGCCCCGCCGCCGCCCCCGUCUCCCUCCCCACCGUCACCGAGCAACAGGGCUCAGAGGACGAAGAGGAGGAGGCCGACGCCUUCGACGUCAGCCUCGCCAAGAACGCCCGCGGCCUGGGCAUCACCAUCGCCGGCUACGUGGCGGACAAGAACCUGGAGCCCUCCGGUAUCUUCGUGAAGAGCAUCACCAAAGACAGCGCGGUGGAGCAGGAUGGCCGCAUCGCCGUGGGGGAUCAGAUCGUGGCGGUGGACGGGGUGAACAUCCAGGGCUACACCAACCAGCAGGCGGUGGAGGUCCUCCGCCACACGGGCCAGACGGUCCACCUCCGCCUGGUCCCCCGCGGCUUCAGGCCGGAGGAGGCCGGCCCCCCCGCCGCCGACCAGGGCCCCGGGGUCGCCGUGGAGCCCCGCCCUAUCGGCCCCUCCCCCAUCACCAGCCCCAGCCCCAGCACCACCACCACCGUCACCCUGGAGGAGGAGCCGGAGCUGGAGACGGCGGCCGGGGAGGCGGAGCUAGCUUACGAGGACAUCAAGCCACUCAGCCCGGACCGCAGCAACGGAUCCGAUGUCAGCCUCGCUAGCGAUCAUCUGACAUUGGAAAGGGACGGGAACCGGCUCAGCGCCUUCGAAGAGCAGCAGCUCACCGAGAAGUGGCAGGGCCUUCUGGGACCCAGCAAUGAAGUAGUAGUGGCGCAGGUGGAGAAGUUCACCGAGAGCAGUGGUCUGGGGGUGAGCCUGGAGGCCAGCGGGGGGCACCACUACGUCCGCUCGGUCCUACCCGAGGGUCCGCUGGGGCGCAGCGGGAAGCUGUUCAGCGGAGACGAGCUGCUGGAGGUCAAUGGCAUCUCUCUGAUUGGUGAGAGCCACAAGGAGGUGGUCCGGAUCCUGAAGGAGCUUCCCCUCUGUGUGUACAUGGCAUGCUGUAGGCCCGCCCCCGUUCCACAGACUGACGCGGACGUCAGCCAAUCAGAUGACUUGUCUACGGACUCUCUUGUAAAGACGCAAGCGGACCCGGGCGCUUCCCUGGCCGCGCCGGAACUCUCGGAGGCGGACGAGGCGGAGAUGACGGCGGCGGUGAUGAUGACGAUGAUGACGGAGGCGGAGGUGCAGGAGGAAGAGGCCGUGCCGGGGGAGGGGCCGGUGUCCCCCCUGGCCAUGUGGGAGUCGGAGAUCCAGCACAUCGAGCUGGAGAAGAGCGAGGGAGGACUGGGAUUCAGCAUCCUGGACUACCAGGACCCGAUGGACCCCGCCAAAACAGUGAUCGUGAUUCGCUCCCUGGUGCCCAAUGGCGUGGCGGAGUGCGACGGCAGGCUGUUGCCGGGCGACCGGCUGAUGUUCGUCAACGCCACCGACCUGGAGAACGCCACGCUAGAGGACGCCGUCCAGGCCCUGAAGGGUGCCAAGCUGGGCGUCGUCCAGAUCGGGGUGGCCAAACCGCUGCCUGGAAUAUACAGAUAUUCCGGCUCUCGGCAGCCGCAAUGCGAUGAGCAAAGAAGUUCUUCCUCACCUUCUUCUUCCUCGCCAUCGUCACCAUCACCGCCAUCGCCCGCCAUGGGUUUACUAGGGUGUCCCGCUAUGUGGGGUAGAGACGGAGAUGCCGAGGGGACUCUGUACCGGGCAGAACCGGCCCUGAUCGACGCCGGCGACACGGAUCUCCAUGACGACCGGGCGCUGGACCUCAGCUACUCGGGGAUGGAGGACGACUCGCUGCACGCCUCCAUGAUCGCCCUGCACGGCAGCAUGUGCAGCGGCCGGGUCAGCGCCGCGGGCGGGGGUGGGGGUGACGCCAUGGACCCCCUAGACCACCACCUGGGACCCCUGCACUCCUUCUCCACCCCCAAGCUGUUGCCACGGCGCUCGGAGCCUCUGGACGAGAUGGCCGCCUUCGAAGCGAUGGACGCCUUCGGCGACGCCACGGAGCUCUUCUCGCCCGCCGACGCCUCGAUGGCGUUCGGGCCCCCGGGGUACGGGACGUCUUACCGGGGCCCGGACGCCAUGGCCGCCGUCUGCGGUUUCGCGGAAGCAGAAGGCGGGAUGGAUCUCUACGGCAGCAUGGAGCCGCUGGUGGGAGGGGAGGGUGGAGGUGAGGAGGAGGAGGAGGAGGAGGAGGUGGAGACGGUGGAGGCGCGGCGCUAUGAGAUCGAGGCGGGAGACGCCGGGAGCGCCAGGAACGCCAGCGCUCUCUUCGUGAAGGAUGGGUCAGAGGUGAUGAGCCCUCCAUCAACAGACAGUGAAGAGGAUACGACAACUCUCGGCAGUGAUUUUGAAAGAACCAUCACGGUCGUCAAGGGCAACUCCAGUCUCGGCAUGACGGUGAGCGCGGUGAAGGAGGGUCUGGGCAUGCAGAUCCGCAGCGUGAUCCACGGCGGUUCCAUCAGCCGCGACGGGCGGCUGGGCGUGGGCGACCUCAUCCUGAGCAUCAACGGAGAGCCCACCGCCAACCUGAGCAACGCCCAGGCGCGCGCCAUGCUGCGACGCCACUCCCUCAUAGGGCCCGACCUGGGAUCUGCUUGUUCACCCGAGGAUGAUGUGUGCCCCUUUUAUGUCAUCACCUACGUCCCGGCGGAGUAUCUGGAGGACUACAAGGCCGGCCUGGUGAUGAAGGCUCAGGACGACCUCACCCCCGGAGCCCCCGCCCCACCAGCGGGCCAGAGCAGUCCGAAGCUACCGGAGCGAGAGGACGGAGAGGGGGAGGAGAGCGCCUCGUACAGCAACUGGAACCUAGCCCGGAAGGUGGAGCUGUUCAGGGAGACGGGCAAGUCGCUGGGCAUCAGCAUCGUGGGGGGGCGCGGCAUGGGCAGCCGGCUCAGCAACGGGGAGGUGAUGAGGGGCAUCUUCAUCAAGCACAUCCUGGACGACAGCCCCGCCGGCCGCAACGGCACGCUGAAGACGGGCGACCGCAUCGUCGAGGUGGACGGCGUGGACCUGAGGGACGCCAGCCACGAGGAGGCUGUGGAGGCCAUACGCAAGGCGGGAAACCCCGUCGCCUUCCUGGUCCAGAGCAUCAUCCACCGUCCCCGGUCCUCCACCACCGACUCACACGAGGAACGGGCCGCUGCCGCCGAAGCCGCCACCAAGGACAAGGAGGAUGAGAGUCACAGUAGACUCUACCUCCGUCUGGCCCCGACUAACCCUUUCACUCCUACGCCCUUUAAGGUGGUGACGCAUAAAGGAAGUAAAGUAAAGAAGUCGGGCGUCGCCCACCUGCCCCCUCCCCCGCUCCUGGUGGUCCCCCACGUGGGGGAGACAGACACAGACACCCUGAGCCAGGUCCCGGACAGCCCCACCCCGCGUCGUGAGGAAGGACGAGAGGACGACGAAGAGGACGUGGAGGAUGAGUUUGGCUACAGCUGGAGUCAGAUCACCCAGCGGUAUGGCGGGCUGCCGGGGGCCCUCCACAUGCUGCAGCUGGAGAAGGGCCGGGCCGGCCUGGGCCUCAGCCUGGCGGGGAACCGGGACCGCGCCCGCCGCAGCGUCUUCGUGGUGGGCAUCGACCCCCAGGGGGCGGUGGGGCGCGACGGACGCAUGGCGGUGGGGGACGAGCUGCUGGAGAUCAAUGGGCAGAAGCUGCACGGCCACAGCCACCAGAACGCGUCUUCCAUCAUCAAGAGCUCACCUUCUAAAGUCAAGAUCAUUUUUGUCAGGAACACCGGGGCCCUGGGCCAGAUGGCCGUGGGGCCGGUGGGUGCGGGCCUAGAGGUGGGGUGCCCCCAGGAGCAGCCCCCCGUCGAGUUUGAAUCGAGCUCCCCGUGUGAGGCUGAGAGAGAUGAGGCCGACAAGGAGGAACACGACCCACACCAUAUCGUACAACACAAGGACGACGGCGAGCUAGGCAUCACCUUCCUGGACGGGGACACCUCGCAGGGGGUGGAGGUUCAGAGCAUAUCGGAGAUGCAGGGACACACGGCGAAGGAGGGUUGCAUGAAACCGGGGGAUAAACUGUUGACAGUGAACGGUGAAUCUGUGCUGGGCUACUCCCUAGAGAAGAUCUACUCACUGCUGAGGAACACCACGGGGCCGGCCAAGAUAACCUUCUGCUCGGACAAGAGCCUUCCUCCCUGCACCACCUCCUCGUCCUCGUCUUCGUCUUCCCUCUGCCCAACGGUGGACGCCUUGGUGAGCAGCCAGAGCCAGGGGGCGUCCAUCGACGCGGGCCUCACCAGCUCUCCCAGCAUGCCUUGCAGCAGCUUGGACUCCAUCGACCAGGCGGAACCGGAACUCGUCAGCAGUCCGAGUCGCCCUUCGACCCCGAGCACCCUGACCUCUGACCCCGCGACCUGCCCCAUCAUCCCCGGCUGUGAGACCACCAUCGACAUCUCCAAGGGCCGGACGGGCCUCGGUCUCAGCAUCGUCGGGGGCGUCGACACCCUGCUGGGGGCCAUCAUUAUCCACGAGGUUUACGAGGAGGGGGCGGCCUCCAAGGACGGCCGGCUGUGGGCAGGAGACCAGAUACUGGAGGUGAACGACAUGGACCUGCGGGCGGCCAGCCACGACCAGGCCAUCAGCGUGCUGCGCCAGACCCCCCAGCAGGUGAGGCUGCGGGUGUACCGGGACGAGGCCCAGUUCAAGGAGGAGGACCUGUGGGACACCUUCACCGUGGAGCUCCUGAAGAGCCCCGGCCAGGGCCUGGGCCUCAGCAUCGUGGGAAGAAGAUCACGGGAGUUAAGGAGUGACACAGGCGUGUUCGUGUCGGACAUCGUCAGCGGGGGCCUGGUGGACAGCGACGGCCGUCUGAUGCAGGGCGACCAGAUCCUGUCCGUCAACGGCGAGGACGUGAGGUCCUCCACCCAGGAAGGGGUGGCAGCCAUUCUGAAGUGCUGCGUGGGGCCCAUCGUCGUGGAGGUGGGCCGGUUCAAAGCGGGGCCCUUCCACUCCGAGAGGAGGCUGUCCCAGGGCAGUGGCCCCGUGGGGCUGGCCUCCUCUCCCAGCGACCCGGGGAGCCAUGGCGACCUGGAUAAACACGGCCGGAGUCAGGAAUCUCUGGACCAGCAGGAGGUCCGGGACGUGCAGUUCACCAAAGGGCCCUCCGACUCACUGGGCAUCAGCAUCGCGGGGGGCCUGGGCAGCCCCUUGGGGGACGUUCCCAUCUUCAUCGCCAUGAUGAACCCGGGGGGGCUCGCCGCCCAGACCCAGCAGCUCAAGACGGGCGACCGGAUCGUGAGCAUCUGUGGAACGCCAGCGGACGGCAUGACCCACGCACAGGCCGUGGCUCUGCUGAAGAGCGCCACGGGCACCAUCGAGCUGCAGGUGGUGUCGGGUGGUGACACCACAGUGACGGGUCCACCAGAGGCCCAGGCGGUGGAGGCUCUCACGCCCAGCUGCAUCUUCCAGGACGACCUCAGCCCCCCGCAGUACAAGUCCAUCACCCUGGACCGGGGACCCGACGGCUUGGGCUUCAGCAUCGUGGGGGGCUACGGCAGCCCCCACGGAGACCUGCCCAUCUACGUGAAGACCGUCUUCGGAAAGGGCGCGGCGGCGGAGGACGGGCGUCUGAAGCGCGGGGACCAGAUCAUGGCGGUGAACGGCGUGACGCUGGAAGGCGUGACCCACGAGGAGGCCGUGGGCAUCCUGAAGAAGACCAAGGGCACCGUCACCCUCACCGUGUUGUCGUAGAAACCGUCCCCGUCCCCGUAGCAACACCCGUGGACCACCACAACAGAUGAACUCCUGGCGUAUCAUUAAAUGUAUGCAUAUUAAACCCACUGACCAUGUGCACGCACGUCAGACACACACACACACGCACACACACACACACACACACACUCCCUUGUUGUAGCUUUAUUUUAUACAAUACUUAAAACUAUGAAUCUCAUUCACGGGAACGGCCACACACAGUCGUAGCCCAGCGUAGCUGAACCACACGGCGUCCGCAAAUACUUAAUAUCCGAGUUAAACCGGAUACACUCGUUCAUACACACUCUGGGGACGGAUUGGAGAGCAAUAAUUACGUGGGGUGUUUGGUAAUAAAACACUAAAAUGACAUGGGGCUGCUUUGCGUUGAAGAUAACGGUUAUAAAACCGCAAUAUAAAAACCUUGGUUGUACCAAUUGAGUUGCUUUGAAUAUAAAAGAUGAAUUGAGAAGUAUUUAAACACUUGAGAGUCAAUUAGUGAUCAUCAUCUGUGUUGUUAUUAUUUCACUGUAUCACUGUUCUGUCCUGGGGUGUGCGUAGCCACUGUUGAUACAUGUAUAAACUGUUCUAACUCAAUGGUAGAUGCUGCUACAACUGCUGUUUAAAAUGGGAUCCGAUACACAAAGUCGCCACAUCGAGGGAGUGAUCCCACCUCAUCCACUGAAAUCUAGCGCUGCUAAAGCAACCUUUACACGACAGUAUUCUGUAAAUAUCUGAAGUCCCGUGAGCGCGUGUGCCUGGGCUGAAUCAUAUCCAAGAGCACAUUUAUCCAGUAUCCUUUGUGUCGUUGCUGUAGACCAUUGAGGGCUACAUUCCCGGGUGUAUUAUGAUGAGCCAGAACUCAAAGACGUACUCGGUAUAAUUACGUACCGUCUGCUAGGUUUCACAUCAAUGAACUCGUUCUUCCGUUCGUAUAUCACUGAACGUCUGGUUUCUCUAGGCUCGGCACCGGGUACUACCGGAUUCUGUUUCCUCGCUGUGAAUUUAAUAAAAGUGACCUUCAGACUCA